AUGUACAAUAGAAUAGUACAUAUCAUAGUCUUCGUCCCUGAGAAAAUUAUACUGGUAGCUGCCCUAACAAAAGGUUGUUUUCAAGAACAAUUCGCCGCCGAAUUCACCUCUUUCUCUCCACUCAUCAUCUUCUUCUUCUCUUGACCUGGUUUAGAAGAUUGUUGGUGCAUAUAUUGAACUGGGUUUUAAGUGAAGAUGUUAUCUGAAUUAGGUACAAGGCCGAUGGUCAGUGGUAAAGAAGGAUCAUUUGGUGAUGAAUUAGAGAAGGAGCUAGGGUUUAUGCUAAAUGAAUCGAGGCGACAAGAUUCUGAUGAUUUGCAGAAGGAGUUGAGUAUGUUUAGAAGUGGGUCAGCUCCACCCACUGUUGAGGGUUCAUUGAGUGCAGUUGAUAGGUUGUUUAAUCAUGGGGGUGGGGGUUUGCCCUUUUCGGAAUUUGGGUUGAAUAAUAACGGAAGCGGUUUUUCAUCCGAGGAAGAACUUAGGUCUGAUCCUGCGUAUGUGUCUUAUUAUUACUCAAAUGUUAAUUUAAAUCCUAGGUUGCCGCCUCCCUUGCUUUCUAAGGAGGAUUGGCGGUUUUCGCAGAGGCUCCAAGGAGGAGGAACUUCGAAUGUGGGAGGGAUUGGAGAUAGGAGGAAAGUGAAUAGAAUUGAUAGUGGAGGUGCUGCUGGUGGAGGGGUGUCACUGUUUUCAAAACCACCGGGGUUUAACAAAAAGAAACAAGAAAGUCAGAGUGAAUCGGAGUGGGGUGGCGAGGGACUGAUUGGUUUGCCUAGUUUGGAAUUAGGGAGCAAGCAGAAGACCUUUGCUGAAAUAUUUCAGGAUGACGUAGCUCGUGCAACUCCUGGUUCUGGCCAUCCUUCUCGUACACCAAGUCGUAAUGCUCUUGGUGAUAAUUUUGACUCUAUGGGGUCGGCUGAAGCUGAGCUGGCUCAGCUGCGUAAGGGUUUAGCUUCUGCAGAUAAUUUUGAAAUGAGUUCGAAGGUUCAGAAUUUGUCUGCUGUGCAACGUGCCAGCACACCGCCUGUAUCAUACUCUUAUGCAGCUGCACUAGGUACUUCAUUAUCACGAAGCACAACCCCCGACCCUCAACACAUUGCUAGGGCUCCUAGCCCUUGUCUUACUCCCAUCGGUGAAGGGAGAGGCACUUCAGAAAAGAGAAGCAAAAGUUCAAACUCUUAUAACGGUAACUCCACUCACAUAAAGGAGCCUUCAGACUUGGUAGCGGGUAUAUCUGGCAUGAGUUUGUCGAAUGGUGGUAAAAAUGCAGACAAUUCUGUGAAGUCUCAGAUUGAGGAAACUGUUGCCGACCAAGAAAAAUAUACUUUUGACAUGCCAGGUGGUCAGAAUAAUAUGAUGCAUCACUCAUACAUAAAUAAAUCUGAGCCAACGCAUUUACAUGGGUACUCUGAGCCAGCAGAACUUUCCUACUCGAAGAGCACUGGAAAUAGUCAUGGAUUUCAUAACUCUUCUCUCGAAGCCGACAUGCAUAGUAAUUCUUACCAAAAGGGAUCUCCUGGUUCUGUUCCUAAUAUCGGAGGUGGCUUACUCUCUCACUAUCAGCAGGUUGAUCCGACCAAUUUGCAAUAUCCGAACUAUGGUCCAAAUGGGUUCCCAAUGAAUACACCAGUGCAACCCUUGAUGUCAGGCCAUCUUGGUAAUGUUACUAUGCCGCCCUUGUUUGAAAAUGCUGCUGUAGCAUCAGCCAUGGCUGUCCCGUUAAUGGACCCAAGGAUGAUGGGUGGUAAUUUCACUUCAGAAUCAAAUUUCAAUUACGAUGCAUUAGAAUCACAAAAUCUUGGUAGGCUCAGGAACCAGAUGACUAAUAGUGCUCUUCAGGCACCAUUUAUGGAUCCAGUGUACCGUCAGUACUUGAGGACAGCUGAGUAUGCUGCACUUCAUAAUAAUCCCGCUAUGGAUAUGAACUACACGGGUAAUCCAUAUGUGGAUUUGCUUCAGAAAGCUUAUCUUGGAUCUUUGUUAUCACCUCAAAAAUCACAAUAUGGUGCCUCUCUCGGUGGUAAAGCUAGUGCUUCUAAUCUUCAUGGUUUCUACGGCAAUCCUGCACUUGGAAUUGGUUUGUCAUAUCCUGGAAGUCCAUUGGCAAGUCCUCUUAUUCCAAACUCCCCUGUUGGACCGGGUAGUCCAAUCAGGCAUGGUGAUGUUAAUAUGCGAUUCCCUCUUGGGACAAGACAUCUUGCUGCUGGGGGUAUUAUGGGACCUUGGCACUUAAAUUCUGGUAGCGUAGAGAAUACCUUUGCUUCAUCCUUGUUAGAAGAGUUCAAGAGUAAUAAAGCUCGAUCUUUUGAACUUUUAGAAAUUACAGGUCAUGUUGUAGAGUUCAGUGCGGAUCAGUAUGGUAGCCGGUUCAUUCAACAAAAACUUGAAACUGCAACAACAGAAGAGAAAACUAUGGUUUAUGAAGAAAUUUUUCCCCAUGCUGUCACAUUGAUGACUGAUGUUUUUGGCAAUUACGUGAUCCAAAAGUUCUUUGAGCAUGGAAUGCCAUCACAGAGAAGAGAACUGGCAAACAAGCUGAUUGGGCAAGUAUUGACACUAAGUCUUCAAAUGUAUGGUUGCCGAGUAAUUCAAAAGGCAAUUGAAGUAGUAGAUUUGGACCAGAAAAUAGAAAUGGUUGCAGAGCUUGAUGGAAAUGUUAUGCGCUGUGUACGUGAUCAAAAUGGGAACCAUGUUAUCCAGAAAUGUAUUGAAUGUAUUCCUGAAGAACAUAUUCAAUUCAUUAUCUCAACAUUCUUUGAUCAAGUUGUUACCCUUUCUACACAUCCAUAUGGGUGUCGUGUGAUACAGAGGGUACUAGAGCACUGUGCCGACGCUAAAACGCAAAGUAAGGUGAUGGAUGAGAUUCUAGGAUGUGUCAGUAUGUUGGCACAAGAUCAGUAUGGAAAUUAUGUUAUUCAGCAUGUACUGGAGCAUGGGAAGCCACAUGAACGUUCAACUAUAAUCCAGGAAUUAGCUGGGAAAAUAGUUCAAAUGAGCCAGCAGAAGUUUGCUUCGAAUGUAGUUGAGAAGUGUUUAGCUUUUGGUGAUCCUAGUCAACGUGAACUUCUAGUGCGUGAGAUGCUUGGUACAACUGAUGAGAAUGAGCCUCUUCAGGCAAUGAUGAAAGAUCAAUUUGCAAAUUAUGUUGUACAAAAGGUGCUGGAAACAUGCAGUGACCAGGAACGUGAGCUGAUUCUGACCCGAAUUAAGAUUCAUUUAAAUGCACUCAAGAAGUACACUUAUGGCAAACAUAUUGUUGCUCGUGUAGAAAAGCUUGUUGCUGCUGGAGAGAGGAGAAUGGCUGCUCAACCCCAACAGUUGGCAUAGGAGCCACAGAGAAGGAAGUUGUACAGCUAACCUGAGGCUAGUUUAAGCUACCUCAUUUCCUUUGCCUCCUGUAACUAAGUUGUAUUGCGAAUAAAGCUGUACUGCUUGAACUAGAAAACUGUAUAUGUGUAGUUUUGACGGUGUUUUGUAUAACGUAACAGAGUAUCUUGUAAAGAGGCUUGGUGUUGAACGCACCUGAAGCCCAUGCAGAGGUAGUAACAUGUAUGAGUUUCAAAGGAUGUAACAAAGGAGGUUGAUGUAGUGUCCAGUACUCGACGCGACUGUACAAAAGUGUUUCUGGUGUCUAAGUAUGAUCAUGUAGGAUUUUGUCUAAUUUGCCAAAAGUAUGGAUGGCUUUCAUGUA